AUGUCGGCCAGCCUAUGGCCAGGACGGGCUAAAUUAGCCAAUGAGCCAAUCAUCGCGACACCACAAAUGACUGCCAAUCACAAGCAAGCUACUACUGGGACGGACAAUCGCGAAAUCUCAUGCUCGCCUUUCUACAGACUGACCUCUGCUUUAAAAGUGACUGCUACAUCCAAGAAAACACGGUGCUUUGCCCUGCUGAGGCGCAAAAGGGUCAUGUGUAACAUAUGGGAUGAUGAAAAAGUGCUCAGUUUAUUAUUCCAAAAUCUACGCCCAAAGGACGUGCUCACCUGUUCAAUGGUAUGCAAGAAGUGGCGACAAAUGCUCAUUCCUGAAUACACUCAAAAUUUGCAGCUGGUGAUUAACUUUAAGCGAUAUAAAGAGCAGAAAGUGGCACCAAUAGAGGAACAACUUCGCUUGGCCUAUCAGUGGAAGGUGACUGCAAUCUCUUUGGUUUGCAUGCGAGACGAUUGUGUCUACCCUUUUAUUAGUGCAUAUUACACAACAUUUAAAGAAUUCUUCCCUGGCUGUCCGAUUUCUACGCCAGAGAUUACUCACGGUUCGUUUAAAUCUGUGCCAAAUUUACUUUCUCGGUCUCCAACUCAACAUUCCUCGUGUGCUGACAGCUUGGAAAGUGGCAACCUUCGACGUCUAGGCAGCGCACCAAUCGAAGUGCUCAUGAAGGCAUCACGACAUAUCACUCAACUCACCGUUGACAACUGCUGUCUGAGUGACGUGGCUCUGGAACAGAUACUUAACGUCAUGCACACAGUAACAAACCUAUCCAUUGUGAGCUGCAACUGCCUUUCUGAUAUGGCGCUUUGGUCGUGCCUUCGGCCUUGGAUGACGCAUAUCACCGUGAGAGACUGCCUAAAUUUUAAAGAUGACGCUCUUCAGGCCAUUGUUCAGUCUACUCCUGGACUGCAAGAGCUGAAUCUCCAGGCAAGCAUUUUGUGGUUUUGA